GAGAGAGAGAGAAAAAGAGAGAGAGAGAGAAAGAGAGGAAAAGAAAGCAAAAUUCAUUUUUAGUUUCCUUCGAUCUUCUGAUCAAAGCAAGCAUGAAGUGAACAAGUGUUUUUGGAGUGGUCAUAAGUGCAACAAAUGAUGGCUGGAAACCCUAACUGGUGGAGCAGCAUGCAUCCACCGUCUCUCUUCCCUUCUCAAUAUGUGCAGCUUGGAUCUUCUAAUUCACUCCCUCUGAAUUCUUUGCCUGAGCAUAACCUAGAGCCUCCACAGUCCUGGAGCCAAUUACUUUUGUACCUCUCUCUCUCUCUGGGUGGAUUGUCCAGCCAAGAAGAUGGCUUCGGUACUCUAAGUCAUUUUCAACCUAAAGGCAGGUUGGAAAAUUGGGAGGAGGACCAAAUCUUGAUACCACAAUAUCCAAGGGCUCCUGUUGUUGAUUUUAUAAAGCAAGAGUCUAAUUCCCAGAACAGCAUUAACUUGUGCAAUAAUCCUCAUGGAGAUGAAGAAUUUCAGCUGGCACCAAGCAGCAGGCCUGUUUGGUCCCCAGUUCAAAUCAUGCCAGUUUCUUCCCCUAGGUCUUGUGUCACUAGUUUAAGCAAUAAUAACAUCUUGGACUUCUCCUAUAACAAAGCUGACAAUAAGAGGAACCAACAUGCAGAUCACUCAUCUGAGUGUAAUAGCACUGCCACUGGUGGGAUGUGCAAGAAGGCUAGGGUUCAACCAUCUCCAAGCCAACCACCUCUAAAGGUGAGGAAGGAGAAGCUAGGUGAUAGAAUAACAGCCCUUCACCAACUGGUAUCCCCAUUUGGAAAGACUGACACUGCUUCAGUCUUGCUAGAAGCCAUUGGGUAUAUCAGAUUCCUUCAGGGUCAAAUUGAGGCCCUCAGCUCCCCUUACUUGGGCAAUGCCUCAAAAAACAUGAGGAACCAACAGUCUGUUCAAGGAGAAAGGAAUUGUACAUGUGUAUUUCCUGAAGACCCUGGUCAGCUGUUGAAUGACAACUGCCUGAAAAGAAAAGGUGCUCCAAACCAGCAUCCUUCAUCACAAGAUAAAGCAAAGGAUCUAAGAAGUAAAGGGUUGUGCUUGGUUCCUGUGUCUUUCACUCAACAUGUUGGGAGUGACAAUGGAGCUGAUUACUGGGCUCCGGCUUACGGGAGUGGGUUUUAGGUUUAAUUUAACGAUUUAAGCACCCCUAGUACUGUUUUAGUACCGUAGGAGUAGUAGUACCGCAGCAUAUAGUACGGAGCUUUUGUAGAAUGGGAUAACAUUAUGAGCAGUCACUCUGUUGCAAUUUGAAUUAAGGUUGAUUGCUCAUCAUGCUAUGCAUUCUAAAUUAGAAUUUGUGUACUAUAUUGCUAGCUAUUCUACUGCUCAUUUACUAAUUAAAUAAAAGCUCAAUCCAA